AUGACCUCCUUAGAAGCCGUCCAACAGAUCCAGAAAUCUCUCCAGACCGAUCUACUGCGGAGAAUGACUGAAUUUGAGAACCAGCUGAAGAUGUCAAAGGAGCCAGCAUCACUCAACAAGCUCUGGGAAGACUACAGUAAGUUUAAGAGUGAUGUCCGUGAUAUCAUGCAGCUUCUCCAACAACAGCUUGAGGAGUUAGUCAGAUCCGUAGACAAUAUUGAGAUGAGGCAUCGGAGAAGAUGUUUACUGUUUGGAGGCAUCAAGGAAGCUGAAAAUGGCGCAAAUGAAGAUGCUUCUGCAGUAAUCUCCGCCAUCCUAGGCGAAAGGUUUCAUAUGGAGGGGAUCUCGUCUAGUUCUUUUGAAGCGUGUCAUAGAAUGGGAUCAAAGAACAAUAGCCGUCCCAGGCCAAUUCUUGUGCGUUUUGUUUGUCCUACCAUAAAGAACACUGUAUGGCGUAAGAAGACAGUCCUCAAAGGAACGACGACAGUAGUUUCCGAGUUCCUCACCCGUCGUCGGCAGGCUCUGUUCACCGAGGCUCGUAGGCGAUUCGGCAUGACCAAAUGCUGGACAUUCGAUGGUUCCAUUUUUGUUAAACCACCCUCGGGGAAGCCCAUCAGCAUAAAUGCACUGGAGGAUCUAGAUCAGGCCGGAAAUGCAUUUGCGGAAACUGCACCUGUUGCUUCCUCAUCUGGGACUGGGGUGGUUUUAAAACAACAUCGCCAACAUCCCCCCAAGACGUGCGAAGUUGCACCUGGGUCUGGUGACAGACAGCAGCGAGCGAAACGAGCGACUACCAAACUUAAGUAG